UUCCACUAACAGCCGCUGGAUGAACACGGUCGGGUCUUCUUCCUCAAAAUCCUGAAUUUACGUCACACUGCGUUUAAACACAGAUGGUUAUAUAACGACUGUGUCAGAUAAAAGGUGCAUCCAGUCAGACACCGUCCUGCUUCUGCUGUGAAGGCCAAACCCGAAAAAACCCCGCAGAAAUGUCCGCAUGUGAGUUUGAAUCUCUGGAGAAAUCUCUGGAGUCCCACCUGCCAGAGACCGAGCUGUCAGAGGUGAAACGCAUCUUAUUCGGGAAGGAAACACAGAAGUUGGACCUCCCAACAUGUGCUGUGAACGCCGCCUCCGAGAGUGACUUUGAGCUGAAGGGUUACAGGUUUGAAGCUGCACAGGAACAACUGAGGCCUCCUAGAAGGAUCCGCGUGGGACUCAUUCAGAACCGCAUUGUCCUGCCCACCGAUGCCCCUAUCAUGGACCAGAUCAAUGCCAUGCACAGCCGUGUUGGUGCAAUGGUUGAAGUGGCAGCCAUGUGCGGUGUAAACAUUGUCUGCUUUCAGGAGACCUGGACCAUGCCCUUUGCUUUCUGCACCCGCGAGAAGGAACCAUGGACCGAGUUUGCGGAGUCCGCUGAAGAAGGAAACACCACACGCUUCUGCCAAGAGCUGGCCAAAAAAUACAACAUGGUCAUCGUCUCCCCAAUUCUGGAGCGAGAGGGGCUGCACAGCACUCUGUGGAACACGGCGGUGGUGAUCUCCAACUCUGGAAAUGUGCUGGGGAAAAGCAGGAAGAACCAUAUUCCCAGGAUUGGAGACUUUAAUGAGUCCACAUAUUAUAUGGAGGGCGACACCGGCCACACAGUGUUCCAGACGCAGUUUGGGAACAUCGCUGUGAAUAUCUGCUACGGGCGCCAUCACCCUCUCAACUGGUUCAUGUACAGUAUGAACGGAGCGGAGAUCAUCUUCAACCCCUCAGCUACUGUUGGAGCUCUCAGUGAGCCGUUGUGGUCUAUCGAGGCUAGGAAUGCAGCAAUAGCUAACCACUGUUUCACUUGUGCAAUCAACCGUGUUGGGACGGAACAUUUCAAAAGUGAAUUCACAUCUGGUGAUGGAAAAAAAGCUCACCAUGAUUUUGGACACUUCUAUGGAUCCAGUUAUGUUGCUGCUCCUGACAGCAGCCGCACCCCGGGGCUCUCCAGGACCCAGGACGGACUACUAGUUGUUGAAAUGGAUCUCAACCUGAACAGACAAAUCAGCGACAAAUGGAGUUUUAAGAUGACUGGGCGGUAUUCUGAGUAUGCAGAGGAACUUACCAAGACUGUGAGACAUGACUUCAAACCAAACAUUGUGAAAGAGUAGAUGAUUUUCCACUAAAGUAGAGGUAACCCUUGUGCCUUCUUUAAAAAAAUCAAGUUGCUCUGAUGUCUCUGAAGGACAUCAUGUCUGUGUCAAUUAAAACUGCAUUAAAGUAAAUAAAUAUUGAUAAAAAAAAAUAAUUUUAAUAUAUAUAUACUUUUAGACAUAAGUGCUAAUUUUCUAUAUUCAAGGGGUAUUUUUUUACAGUCAGGGAUAUGUCAAUGAUUAGCAAGAGCAUUUAUGUCUAUGCAUUUUACUUUAGAGGACUAAAACUGAAAUUCAUUCUGAUAUACUUUGAUCCCUGGGGAUUAAGGAGGUUGGGUAAAUACAAAUUAUUCGUUAAUUUUUUUAAAUUUUCAGUUUGUUUACAUUAUGUCACUGUAAUCGUCAAAAUAAAACGACGAAAAAAACAUUA